AACCCGCCACACGGCCUCUCAUCUGCCAGCACCUUCUCCUCUGCCUCCAGCAGCACCCGCCUCUGCAGCCAGGAGACCACCCCAGCCGCCCGGCCUCACCCAUGGGGAACAGCAAAAGCGGGGCCCUGUCCAAGGAGAUCCUGGAGGAGCUGCAGCUGAACACCAAGUUCACAGAGGAGGAGCUGUGUGCCUGGUACCAGUCCUUCCUGAAGGACUGUCCCAGCGGCCGCAUCACGCGACAGGAGUUCCAGAGCAUCUACGCCAAGUUCUUCCCCGAAGCCGACCCCAAGGCCUACGCCCAGCAUGUGUUCCGAAGCUUCGACGCCAACAGCGACGGCACCCUGGACUUCAAGGAGUAUGUCAUCGCCCUGCACAUGACCUCCGUGGGCAAGACCAACCAGAAGCUGGAGUGGGCCUUCUCCCUCUACGACGUGGACGGCAACGGAGCCAUCAGCAAGAACGAAGUGCUGGAGAUCGUCAUGGCUAUUUUCAAAAUGAUCAGUCCCGAGGACGCGAAGAACCUUCCAGAGGAUGAAAACACCCCAGAGAAGCGAACCGAGAAGAUCUGGGGGUUCUUUGGAAAGAAAGAUGAUGACAAACUCACGGAGGAAGAGUUCAUCGAGGGGACCCUGGCCAAUAAGGAAAUCCUGCGACUGAUCCAAUUUGAGCCUCAAAAAGUGAAGGAAAAGUUAAAGGAGAAGAAACCCUGAUGCCAACUGCACAGCCCUGUCCCCCUCACCCCUUCCCCCACCGCGCACAGAAACCCGGGCAUGCGCACACCCCCCCAGGGGCCAAGGGGGUUUCCCAGGCCUUAGCGUCCCUCCCGUUCCUCCCAGCCACCUCCUCUCCCUUGCCCGCCCCUUGGGGCCUCCGUGAUAAUCCCAGGAUUGGGUCGCUGGAGUCCUACCAACCCUCCCCCACCCCCCCACCACCGUGUAAGCUCCUUUGUGGUUUGCUGGGUAAGCAGGUUCCAAUAAAUGCGAGAGGAGCUGGGCACACA